UUUCCAUUCUUCGUCGUCUUCUUCUUCUUCUUGUUCCCUCGUCUUCUUUGCCAGUUCUUCUUCCUUCAUCGUUUCGUCUCCAUUUGUCCCCAGUGUCUACCAUUUUUUAGAUCUUCGUGCCAGGUUCAUUGGUGUCUCUAGUAAGUUUUGAGUGUUCUACAAAAUGUCUGGUUCAACAAAAGUGUUGGAUCCUGCAUUUCAAGGAGCUGGCCAGAAACCAGGGACUGAAAUCUGGAGGAUCGAGAAUUUCGAGGCUGUUCCAGUACCAAAGUCUGACCAUGGAAAGUUCUAUAUGGGAGAUACUUACAUUGUCUUGCAGACAACACAAAAUAAAAGUGGUGCUUAUUUGUUUGAUAUACAUUUUUGGAUUGGUAAAGAUACAAGUCAGGAUGAAGCUGGAACUGCAGCUGUUAAAACAGUUGAACUCGAUGCUGUUCUUGGAGGCCGUGCUGUCCAACACCGGGAAAUUCAAGGCCAUGAAUCUGACAAAUUCUUGUCUUACUUCAAGCCAUGUAUUAUUCCGUUAGAGGGUGGUGUUGCCUCUGGAUUCAAAACACCUGAAGAAGAGGUGUUUGAGACCAGGUUAUAUACCUGCAAAGGAAAACGUGCAAUUCGUUUGAAGCAGGUUCCUUUUGCCCGCACAUCGCUGAAUCAUGAUGAUGUAUUUAUCUUGGACACCGAAGAAAAGAUCUAUCAGUUCAAUGGUGCAAAUUCAAACAUUCAGGAGAGAGCCAAAGCUUUGGAAGUCGUUCAGUAUUUGAAAGACAAGUAUCACGAAGGAACUUGCGAUGUUGCGAUUGUUGAUGAUGGAAAAUUAGAUACAGAAUCAGAUUCUGGUGCAUUUUGGGUCCUCUUUGGUGGUUUUGCUCCAAUCGGAAGGAAAGUUGCCAAUGAUGAUGACAUUACUCCAGAGUCAACUCCCCCUAAGCUUUAUUGCAUCGCUGAUGGUAAGGUGGAACCUAUAGACGGUGAUCUAUCCAAAUCUAUGCUGGAAAACACUAAAUGCUACCUCUUGGACUGUGGUUCUGAGGUAUUUAUCUGGGUUGGCCGAGUAACUCAAGUGGAUGAGAGGAAAGUUGCUAGUCAAUCUGCUGAGGAUUUGCUUGCUAGUGAAAAUAGGCCAAAGGCAACGCGUGUUACCCGUGUUAUUCAAGGUUAUGAGUCCCAUUCUUUCAAGUCUAACUUUGACUCUUGGCCAUCAGGCUCGGCCACUCCUGGUAACGAGGAAGGACGAGGAAAAGUUGCCGCUUUACUGAAGCAACAAGGUGUUGGGCUUAAGGGCAUUGCGAAAAGUGCACCAGUGAUUGAGGAUAUUCCACCUCUGCUUGAAGGCGGUGGAAAGUUGGAG